UCUCUUCCAUUCCCCAAUCUCGACUGUCCCUGUUUCGAUCCGGAGAUGACGAUCAGGGGACGCCGGCGACCUGGCCGUGCUCCAGGCCCAAGGCCGCGCCUCCCAAACAGCACCACGACGCGCUCACGCGAUACCAAGUGGGUCGCCCACGGACCGCCAGGAAAUUCGGCUUCUCAACGUCGACGUCGACCCCAAGGCGCACCGCAGAUCGACGUUUAGAAGCCGAAUUCCUCAACGCCGCCGCCGUCACUCCACCACCAUAGCUGGUGAUCCACCGUCAAACCUCUUUCCAAUCACUAGCUCUUGUCUGUGCACAGGAUCCUCUCCUCCCCUCUACGUUUCCCCUCAACCAAUUUGAUUGAUGAUGCCGCAGACGCCGCCGCUCGAUCUACACCGCCGACCCCGCCUGCCUUGUGCCCUUCCCCUUACGAGCGGGCAAACUCGUCUAUGCUCUAUAACCACUCAACUGAGCAGCAGCAGCAGCAGCAGAGCAUCUGCAGGUUGAUACACACACACUCCUGACACGGACGCGCCGAGAGAAUGCAGUUCUGGAGCCGUGUUGCGGCCAUGCUGCCCAUUGAGCUCAACAAUCAAGGCAUAGUCGACAACCUCACCGAAAAUAAUAAGACCAGGGUGUGGGUUAGCAGACGGAUAGGGGAGGACCAACUCUACUUGGUGCAUGUUCAGCGCACUCCAGGCAUUGGUCUCCCGACCUCACUGGUCGUCAAGUAUUUCCAGAACAUGAACCCAACACCGCUACUGGAUGACAGUGUUAAGAAUCGAUGCAAGUCAGAGAUGAUCCUGUUAGCUAGCAUCUCACACAACAACAUCAUCAACGUCCUAGAUGUCAUCGAGAGGGAUGAGGCCGUCAUGCUAGCCUACAAGUAUGAGGUGAAUGGCAACCUUGGCUACUGGCUGCACCAGCCCAAGGAUGCCGGUCGUCCAUUGUCCUGGCCGGAGAGGAGGACCAUCGCCAUCGGCGUCGCCAAAGGGCUCUGCCACUUGCACCAUGGAUGCAACAAGCCGAUUGUCCACCACAACAUCAGCUCCCACAACAUCUUGCUUGAUCAGAAUUUCAAGGCCGUGAUAGCCAGUUUUGGCGCUGCACAGAUGAACAUGGUCGGCCUCAACCAACCGUUGCCGAUCGCGGAGAUUCCGGUUGGUAACUUUGGGUAUGCAGCUCCAGAAUAUGGUACAGCGCCAGGCCAGCUGACGGAGAAAGUAGACAUUUACAGUUUUGGUGUGGUGCUGCUAGAGCUCGUCACAGGGCGGGUGGCGAACGGAGCUGGAGCGGAUGGUCAUUUGGCGAUUUGGGCACAGGAUAAUUGCAAUGAGCUGAUGGCAAAUCAUCGGGAAAUGUUCAUGAUGGUCGUCGACAGAGAGAUCCCAGAUCGUGCACGAUACAUGGAGGAGAUGGUGAUGGUGUUCAGGCUGGGUGUGGAUUGCACCGCCAGGGGUCCGCAUCUAAGGCCGUCCAUGCAGAUGGUUCUCAAACGUCUCCGCCGGGGCCGAUUCCGUGCCCCCCUCAGCUGCUACCUACUGUGAAGCCACCGGCCAAACAAACAAUUUUGCUAUUCCACAAUCACCUGAAAUCUUGCAAUGUUUCAGUUGAUCUUUUUCCCUUGGAUUGUGGUUGUGAUCAUCUGUUGUGUUUUGUGUGGACUCCUGGUUGGGGAAAACACUACCAGAGAGAGAGAGAGAGAGAAGCGAAGUCCUAAUUGACCACAGCUUCUGCAGCCCUGUUUGUUUUGUUUCAGCAGCUGCUAGCCGGAGCCUAGUAAGCUUAAGCAGAUGAUAGCUGGAGUACGUAGUAUGUCGGUUUGGUAUUGAGUCUAGUGAAUUCAGUGAAUUCAGUACUUAUGUCGGUUCCAGCAUGUAGCCUAUAUAAAGGCAGGUCUUUAUAAUACUUCAGCAAGCAAUGAAUUUUCUACUUCCUA